UGACUACCAACCAAUAAUAAUAUUCAUGAGAGGAGAUCAAUAUUCAUAACUCCGCCAAGGUCAUGAUUCUACUGAAGAAGCUGCUGUUGAUCUUACUCACAUUACUACUGGCUCCACACAGGAGCUAUUGCAUUGAGCAAUGUCAGGACUCAAAUGGACAACACUACCACUGUGCCGGAUUUUGCUGCCCAGGAGUAGGCUGCUGUUCAUAUUCUAGCCUAUGGUAUGCAUGGGCAUUGAUGGCUCUCAUUGUAUUGAUGUGCCUCUGUGGUUGUGCGGGCUGUGGGGCUAAUCGCUAUCACUACCACAGAAAUGGAUAUCACAAUUUAACGUCAUAUUCAUCCCGUGGCAAUGAAGUUUCCAUGGCCAGGCAUAAUAGAUGCAAUAGAAAUAGGUCAGUUAGAUCAAGUCGAAGUCAAAGACCACCCCCGAGCUAUAGUUGUCAUAACUGUGCUGCAGCAGAAUUUGAUGGAGGCUGCAGAGAAACCACCCCUCUUCAAAAUGCAGAGACUCAACGAGUGCUGCCAGCUAGAGGAGAGAGACCACCUGCUUAUACAGCAGUUUUGCCUUCAGCACCAUCAGCACCUCCACCGUAUUCCUACUAUUAAGCUAAUAUUGUAUAAUUGUAUUAUGAAAUGUGUGAUAUAUUUGGUAUUUCUCAUUGUAUGUGUGCAUGUUUCAUUUUUGUUAUCAGCUUGCAUAUUCGUGUGUGCCAACAAA